ACUAAAACUCCCCACUGGUUCAUGUGUGACAUAGACAUGUUGGCGAGUAAGGCAUUCAUUUGGGACAGCCUGAAAACACCACGCGGGAAGGAUCUGAAAGAUUUCCGUGUACGAGCUGCUUCUGAAAUGUUAAGAACACUUGAUGAUCUUCUCCAAGUGGAUAUGGCUCUGGAAUUAGGAGAGAAAUUUAACUUUGCAUCACUUCCCCUAGAUUACGCAAGACGAGUGCCGCAGCAAGAUAAUGGGGUAGAUUGUGGAGUAUAUGUAAUGAAAUUCAUGGAACAUUUCUUCAAUAGAGGCAAUGUUGCUGAAAUUGAUGUUGAGCAUGUAACCAGUCAAGACAGGUUUAAUAUCAUGAUGAAUCUAAUUCAGCAUCCAAAAAAUGAGUGUAGGGCUACUGUUUUGGCAGAUGUUGCUGAGAUGUAUUCAGUUAACAAUGUCUUAGAUGUUCCCCCAUCUACUCCUGUACAUACUGACAAGGAAUUGGUUAUCAAGUCUCCUGAGAAAUCCCCUGUUGAUCCAAGGUUUAAAAGUAAGAAGUCGCGAGCGAAAAACAUGGUGCCUUCGUCGUCAACUAAGUCCAGGAAGAGAAUGUCCAGCGGCAGUAAUCUGACUAUGAGAGACUUGGUCGGAGACAAUGAGUAGCAUUUGAGUACUUUUUAAUUGGAAGAAUACUUGGUUAUUUUGUCUGUAGAUGUUUAUUAUGGAACUAUUUGCAUUAGAUGUUUAUGCCUUGAUAUGCCUUUUUGAAUAUGCAUUGUUAAGCAAUUAUAUAAUUUGUAUAUGUAACUACCUUGUGGGUCUUGUAUAUGCAAGACAUUAACCAAAUGUAACCAAAUAUUGUGUUACAAUAUAUGAUAUGCAUGUUUAGUUAUGAUCUUAGAUAUUAUCUUUAUGAGUUAGAAAUAAUUUUUCUUAUUGAAAUAAAUAUUUAUUGUGUGAUUCUUACCUCAACUUAAGAUGUUUAUUAUGGAACUAUUUGCAUUAGAUGUUUAUGCCUUGAUAUGCCUUUUAGAAUAUGCAUUGUUAAGCAAUUAUAUAAUUUGUAUAUGUAACUACCUUGUGGGUCUUGUAUAUGCAAGACUUUAACCAAUUGUAACCAAAUAUUGUGUUACAAUAUAUGAUAUGCAUGUUUAGUUAUGAUCUUAAAUAUUAUCAGAUUAAGUUAGAAAUAA